AUCGGGAAAGCCAGGUCUCAGAGACUCAGUGAGCACGCAGAAAGCCACAGCUCUCUCCUCCCCCACUCCCCAAUCUACUCUGUUUCUAGGGCUAAGGUUUCGCCCCCCGCUUAACUCGUUAUUGCUCUCGUUCCUACCGUUUUAAGGUUUUAGCUGGGGUUGUUUGAGUUCUUCGCCGUCGGGAACCCCGCGCUCGUAGUCCCUUUCCGGCGAGAAUGAGAGAAAUCCUUCACAUCCAGGGUGGCCAGUGCGGCAACCAGAUCGGCGCAAAAUUCUGGGAGGUGAUCUGCGACGAGCACGGCAUCGAUGCCGUUGGAUCCUACCACGGUGACUCCGAGCUUCAACUCGAGCGCAUCAACGUCUACUACAAUGAAGCCAGCGGGGGCCGCUACGUUCCUCGGGCGAUCCUCAUGGAUCUCGAGCCGGGGACGAUGGAUAGCGUUAGAUCCGGGCCUUACGGUCAACUUUUCCGGCCGGAUAACUUUGUUUUUGGUCAGACCGGCGCCGGGAACAACUGGGCGAAGGGGCACUACACGGAGGGGGCCGAGCUCAUAGAUGCAGUGCUCGAUGUUGUCAGGAAGGAAGCGGAGAAUUGUGAUUGCCUUCAAGGCUUUCAAGUGUGCCAUUCUCUUGGAGGAGGAACUGGUUCAGGCAUGGGAACUCUUCUAAUCUCAAAGAUUAGGGAGGAGUAUCCUGAUAGAAUGAUGCUUACCUUCUCUGUUUUCCCAUCACCCAAGGUUUCGGACACGGUGGUGGAACCAUACAAUGCAACUCUCUCUGUGCAUCAGUUGGUUGAGAAUGCUGAUGAAUGCAUGGUUCUUGACAACGAGGCUCUGUAUGACAUCUGCUUCAGAACCCUUAAACUUACUACUCCCACUUUUGGUGAUCUUAAUCAUUUGAUCUCUGCAACCAUGAGCGGUGUCACUUGCUGUUUAAGAUUCCCAGGGCAACUGAACUCUGACCUGAGAAAAUUAGCUGUGAACCUGAUCCCGUUUCCUCGCCUCCAUUUCUUUAUGGUUGGCUUCGCACCCCUCACUUCACGUGGCUCCCAAGUUUAUCGCUCUUUAACUGUUCCUGAACUCACCCAACAAAUGUGGGAUUCCAAAAACAUGAUGUGUGCGGCUGAUCCCCGGCAUGGCCGUUAUCUUACUGCUUCUGCAAUGUUUCGUGGUCGCAUGAGCACCAAAGAGGUGGACGAGCAGAUGCUUAAUGUGCAAAACAAGAACUCAUCUUACUUUGUUGAGUGGAUCCCAAAUAACGUGAAAUCUAGUGUAUGUGACAUCCCACCCAAGGGAUUGAAGAUGGCAUCUACAUUCAUCGGCAAUUCUACUUCGAUUCAGGAGAUGUUCCGUCGUGUGAGUGAGCAGUUCACUGCCAUGUUUAGAAGGAAAGCUUUUCUGCACUGGUAUACUGGUGAAGGAAUGGAUGAAAUGGAAUUCACAGAAGCUGAGAGCAACAUGAAUGAUCUUGUCUCCGAGUACCAGCAAUAUCAAGACGCUACUGCUGAUGAUGAUGAUGAAUAUGAAGAGGAACAAGAGGCCGAAUCAUGAGUAUCAUAUUGCGGUGCUAAUGUAAAGUUGGUCUUUAGGCGUAUUCUACCGGCAAUCUCUGAUUGGAUUUUCCUGGGUCUUGUUUGCUGGAGCUUUCGACUGCAGAAGUCUUUUGGAUUGUUGUUUCCAUUUACGUCCGUCUUUGUGAAGUGGUCUUGUGUAUUCUUCUUGAGCAUUAUUGAUGGCUGUAUGUAAUUAGUGUUCAGGUACCUCUUGCCUUGUUUGCGCCCCUGACUUCUUUUGCUGCCGUGUUUUUUGUAUGCAGUUGUUUUCAUCUUUGUAAAGUACAAGCCCUACUAUUGUGUGGUUGUAUACCAGUUUGCAGUAGAAUGUUGUAGUUGAGACCUAAAAGGAUCUAAGCUUUUCAUUUUCUCAUUUUC